UUGAGAAAGAAAAAAAACGAAAGAAGAAAAAAAAAAAAACUCUAGUUUCCCCUUCACUAUUGUAGCUAGCUGUUGUUGUUUCUUCUUCUAAUUUGAUAAUGGGAGUUCCAGAGAAAGACCCUCUUUCCCAAUUGAGUUUGCCACCUGGUUUUCGGUUUUACCCCACCGACGAGGAACUCCUCGUUCAGUAUCUAUGCCGCAAGGUAGCUGGCCACCAUUUCUCACUUCAAAUCAUUGCUGAAAUCGACUUGUACAAGUUCGACCCAUGGGUUCUUCCAAGCAAAGCAAUCUUCGGCGAGAAAGAAUGGUACUUUUUCAGUCCCAGAGACAGGAAAUACCCGAACGGGUCCCGACCCAACAGAGUAGCCGGGUCCGGGUACUGGAAAGCCACCGGAACCGAUAAAAUCAUCACCACCGAAGGGAGAAAAGUUGGUAUAAAAAAAGCUCUUGUUUUCUACAUUGGCAAAGCUCCAAAAGGUACCAAAACUAAUUGGAUUAUGCACGAGUAUCGCCUCCUCGACUCUUCCCGAAAGAAUGGCAGCGCCAGGCUGGACGAUUGGGUUCUGUGUCGGAUAUACAAGAAGAAUUCUGGCUCGCAAAAAGCUGCGUUAAACGGUGGCGUUUCGAGUAGCGGAGAAUAUACUCAAUAUAGCAAUGGCUCGUCGUCUUCGUCGUCUUCACACCUCGACGAUGUUCUGGAAUCUUUGCCGGAGAUAAACGACAGGUGUUUCGCCCUGCCACGUGUCAACUCGAUGAGAACUCUGCUGCUGCAGCAGCAGCAGCAGCAGCAGCACGAGGAGAAGCUCAAUCUUCAGAGCCUUAUGAUGGAUUGGUCUAACCCGGUUAUGAACUCGGUUUCGGAGUUCGUUUCGGGUAACCAAGGGGUUCAGGGCCAAACUCAGGGGAUGGUGAAUUAUGGUGGUUGUAAUGACCUUUAUGUCCCUUCGGUCCCGCCGUUGUGCCACGUGGACUCGUCGGUGCCGGGGAAGAUGGAGGAGGAGGUUCAGAGCGGUGUCAAAACCCAACGGGUCGAGAAUUCUGGGUUUUUUCAGCAGGGUAUGAAUGAGUUCACGCAGGGAUACUCGAACUCGGUGGACCCGUAUGGGUUCAGAUACCCGGUUCAGCCGGUCGGAUUUGGGUUCAGGCAAUGAACCGGGUUGGGAUGAGUAAAUGAUAUUUAGUCAGGUGCAUUCUUGUAAAUAGGUGGGGAUUCUUUGGGCUAACAGGUUGGGCUAUUAGAUUCCAAAAAAGGUUUUUAGAUAAACGCAAUUUUUGGUCCUCGUUUUCGGCUAAAGAUGGAAGGGGAUACAUUCGAUGAAUCAAAUGCACAAGAUAAUGGAACCAAAAAAAUAAAAUCAAUUGGUUAUUUAUGAUGUAUGGCUAAACUAUGCAAUGUUAGGUUUCCUUUCAAUCUUGAUGUGAUAUUUUAAGCUAACCACAUCAUUGGUGGGCGCAACCACGUUAAUACAAUAUCGAUCAAUGAUAUAUUUUUCGUAUUUUUUUAUAUAAUAGAAACCGAGAAAAAUGGAGGAUUUUAGUUUAUAUGUUAUGUGCUUUAGAUAGUGCUAAAAUUGA